UUAAGGCUAGUGGAUGGUUCUUCAAGCAAUAAAGGACGAUUAGAAAUUUAUCAUAAUAAUCAAUGGGGUACGAUAUGUCAUGAUGGUUUCGGUGUAAGCGAUGGACGUGUCGCAUGCCGUCAACUUGGAUAUACAGGAUUCGUCAAAUAUCAAUGUUGUGGGAAUCUCGGAGGUCAAGGGACAGGACCAAUCUGGUUAGAAGGAAUAUCAUGUAGUGGGAACGAAUAUAAUAUUCUAGAUUGCGGUAAUAAGGGUUGGAGUAACACAGAUUGUGACCACAAAGAAGAUAUUGGUGUUGAAUGUCAAGGUAAUUUCGUAAUUGAUCAUAAUCAAUAA